UUUGUUUACAAUGCCCGAAGCAGACCCUGCAAAAUAAACCUCAAAUUUCAUAACUUCUUAAGAUUUUACUAUUUAAAAUGGUUUAUCGCCAGCAAGUGCUUUCAUUAUACAGACAACUUUUAAGACACGGAAGAACACUUGAAUUCACCGAGAAAUCUUAUUACAACAAGCGUGUCAAGUUGGAAUUCGAAAACAACAAAAGUCUUGAAGAAAAAGAUAUUCCUUAUUGCUUAAAACAAGGACGUGUUUUUCUUUUAAGUAGAAACGUUGUUUAAAAUGAUCCAGGUCUAUCGAUUCCCGCAUUUAAUUAGAUUUUUUAGUCGAAGUAUUAACAAACAACUUGAUCAUUCAAAAGUUCCGAAACUCAUAGAAGAAGAUCUUGAAGAAAAUUUUGUUCUCGGAAGUGGUCCCGGUGGUCAAUCUGUUCAAAAGACAGCUAAUUGUGUUGUUCUUAAGCAUAAACCAACUAACAUUGUAGUGAAAUGUCACGAGACAAGAUCCUUAGAUCAAAAUCGACGUGAAGCUAGGAAACUUUUGAUCGCAAAACUAGACGAACAUUUCAAUAAAGAUGAUUCAAUUAACAAACAACGUGAACGUUUAGAACGAAUAAAAUAUUUAAAAGCACAGAGUAAAAGCGAAAAGCUUCGUAAAAUUAAAAUGGAAUUUAAAAAACAACAAGAAGAAAAUAAAAAUCAGAAAGAAUAAUUUAGU